AUGGUUGAAAUUAUGGAUUUAGAAUAUAAAGACUUUUUUAUGUUUGUUGAAAAUGAACCAACAUUAAUUGACUAUUUUGGUGAUGAUGGAGAAUUAGAAUGGCAUCGUGCACUUUUAAAAAAUAAAACAGAAAUCGCAUUAAUUCAAAUUAAUUUACCUAAACAAUGUAUUCAUGAAAUUACUACUUAUAUUCAAUUAUUAAAAAAGGUUUAUUCAUUUAAUAUUGAUUGUAUAUUACCAAUAUAUAAUAUUUUAUUUGGUAAAUUUGAAGAACAAGAACAGUUAUGGAUUUUUACACAACCAAUAUAUCCAAUUUCCAUUCAUUCUUAUGUUUUUAAACAACAUAUUACUCAAGAUCAAAUGAAUUUUUUAGCUGGUGAUUUAUUACAUAUUAAUUAUUCUUUAUCAUCUAUUCAAACAUUAAUAUAUUUCACUGAAGAGAGUUUUGUUUUAUCUAGAGAUCCUGCAUCUCCAUUUCCUCGUUUAUUAGUCUCACCUUCAUGUUUUAUUAUUCCGUACAUUUUAAACCAAAAAAGUGAUAUUAACAUUGUUAUAACUCAUUACUUAGAAUUAAUAUGGAAAAUUCCUGACGCUCAUAUUAUCAUUAAUUCAUUAAAAAAUGGAGUUUCAAUUCAACAAAUAGUUCAACAUCCAAUAAUACAACGUUUAAUUCAUUUUAUUCAAGGAGAACAAUCAGAAAUUACUGAUUAUAAACCAAUAGAAAAAAUUGGAAAGGGAGGAUUUGGAAUAGUAAUGAAAUGUAGUAAUUCUCAUAAUGAAAUUGUUGCAAUUAAAGAGUCUAAUGGAAUUAAUAGUUCUACAUUACAAAGAGAAGCUACAAUACUUCGAUUAUGUAAUCAUCCUAAUGUAGUGAAAUUUAUUGGAUUUUGUACUUCACAAUUUUCAUUUGCUUAUGAUUUAGGAUUAGUUUCACCAAGAACAUUAUCUAAUUCCUUUUUAAUAAUGGAAUAUUGUGAUGGAGGAAAUUUAGAUAAUUAUAUUCAGCAAUUUGCUUCAAGAGGUGAAUUACCAUCAUUAGAAUUAGUAAUGGAUCUUUUUAGACAAAUAGCUUUGUGUCAACGAUAUUUACAUUAUGAAAAAGGAUUUAUUCAUAGAGACAUUAAAUUAGAAAAUUUCUUGUUAAUUCAUCAUCAACCAUUUCCAUUACUUAAAAUUACUGACUUUGGUUUUGGAAGAUCUUUAGCUGAUGAAAUGGAUACAAUAAAAUUUUCACCAUUAUUUGCUGCUCCUCAAAUGUUUGAACAAACAACAUAUUCUUCAAAAAGUGAUUUAUAUUCUAUUGGUGUUUGCUUAUAUAGACUAAUAACUUGUAGAUUCCCAUUUGCUACAACAAAAACAGAGUUUAUUCAACAAAUGAAAGAAAAAAAGAAAGUUCAAUUUCCAGCUAUGUUUAUCAAUGAUUGUAGAUACUCUGGAAUUAUUGAAUUAGUUAUGAAGUUGAUGGUGUAUGAAGAAAAAGAUAGAAUGUCUUGGGAAGAAUUUUAUUCUCAUCCAUUUAUGGUUCAUUUAUUAAAAUAA